AUAAAUAGCUAUACACUUUUUCUCUCCUCAAAUCAAUAAGGUUAGGUCAGCCAAUUGUUUGAGCUAGCUAGCUCUUACUCAAAUGGCAACCAAAACGAUGAUGUUGCAAAUAUUUCCACUUUUCUUCUUUUUGUUCAGUGUCUGCAACUCCAUUUUCCUUGGUGCUAAUGGAGAUGACAAUGGUGGUUGGCAAACUGCCCAUGCCACCUUCUACGGUGGUGCUGAUGCUACCGGCACAAUGGGGGGAGCUUGUGGUUAUGGAAACCUGUACAGUCAAGGGUAUGGAACGAGCACAGCAGCUUUGAGCACUGCACUUUUCAACAAUGGCUUGAGCUGCGGUGCCUGCUACGAGCUCCGGUGCAACAAUGAUCCUCAAUGGUGCAUUAGUCGAACCAUAACCGUGACAGCCACCAACUUUUGUCCACCUAACUAUGCUUUAUCUAGUGACAAUGGCGGGUGGUGCAAUCCCCCGCGAGAACACUUUGAUUUGGCCGAACCGGCAUUCUUGCAGAUAGCAGAAUAUCGAGCUGGAAUCGUCCCUGUUAUGUUCAGAAGGGUGUCAUGUGUGAAGAAAGGAGGCAUCAGGUACACCAUGAAUGGACAUUCGUACUUCAACAUGGCGUUGAUAACGAACGUGGGAGGUGCAGGGGAUAUAACGUCAGUGUCCAUCAAGGGUUCCAGAACAGGAUGGCUACCUAUGUCCAGAAAUUGGGGCCAAAACUGGCAGAGCAAUGCUUACCUUAACGGACAAAGCCUCUCUUUUAAAGUGACUGCCAGCGAUGGCAGGACUAUCACAGCCUACAAUGUAGUGCCUGCUGGUUGGCAAUUCGGACAAACUUUUGAAGGAGGCCAGUUUUAAGACAAUAUUAUAGUGUCUGUCUAAUAUAAAACUGGAAUUGACAUAUUACUUAUAUAAGGCACAUGAGCGUUUUAUGCCGAGGUAGCAAAAUGGCGCCCGCUGGCUUUAUGUGUGAAAUAGGCGAGCAAGUGCCAUUAGCCUAUAAUCUAUACAUUUCUUAUAGUGAACCAAACUAUUAAGUUUGAACUCUAGAGGAUAUAUCCAUAAUGUCUGAAAUUUGUUUGUUGAUGAUUGACCAUGAUAUUUAUGGUUUUCAUUAUUGAAAUACCUUUUUUUAUAAUUUAUAAAUAA